AUGGACGGCUACUCCGGACAAUCAACCACCGUUGCAGAAGGUGGAGUUGAGCUCUCACCGGCUACCGUCGACCCCAUUUCUACUCUCUUCAAAAACCUUAUGGAUUUCGCUCAGGGAAAAAUCGCCGGGGAAUCCAAUUUUCUCCGGCAAGGUAACUAUGAUAAACUCAGCGUCGGUGCUUUUCUCCGGCAAGGGCUGGAGUCGUACUGGCUUAGUAAAAAUGGCGUAACGGAGGUCAAUGGGUGUGGAGAAUGGAGCCAUAAAGCCCUCGAGGAAGCCAUUUUCGCCAUGUAUGAAAACAACCAAAGAACUUACACCUCCGCCGGCGAGCUCUCCACGUUGGAUUUCGUGGCGGAAAGUGAGUACCAAAUGUUCCCCGGCGAGGAAAUCACCAUCGCCAAAGGCUACUUGAGCGUAAUCGAAUCAAUCGCCUCUGUUCUCCCCCCUGGUUUAGUUCAAUUGGGCAAAAAAGUCACCAAAAUCGAAUGGAAUCCCGAAUCGGAAUCUCGGAAUAUUCCAACUCCGGUAACGCUACAUUUCGCCGACGGCUCCCAUACAUCGGCUGAUCAUGUAAUCGUCACCGUUUCACUCGGCGUUCUCAAAGCUGGAACUCGGGAAGAUUCACCUCUGUUUAACCCUCCGUUACCGUCGUUUAAAACAGAGGCGAUUUCCCGGUUGGGAUUCGGCGUCGUUAACAAGCUUUUUCUCCGGCUAUCACAGCCGGCGAACGACAGUGAUAAUCCCAAGAGUAUCAACAAAUUCCCUUGCCUGAAUUUCGUUUUCCACCAGCCGGAAUCUGAGUUCCGGCGGAAAAGAAUACCAUGGUGGAUGAGAAAAACCACAACUCUGCAACCAAUUUACCAAAACUCAUCGAUUUUAUUAUCAUGGUUCGCCGGAGAAGAAGCUCUUCAGCUGGAGAAGCUCAAAGACGAAGAAAUCAUCAAUGGAGUUUCAACAACAAUCAGCAACUUCCUAAUUCCCAGAUCCCAAAACGAAAACUCAGAAUCAGAUUCCAAUGGGUGGAGUAACGGCCACAAAAACCAAAACGACACCGUUGAAUUCCAUUUUAGUCAGGUCUUGAAGAGCCAAUGGGGGAGCGAUCCGCUGUUUCAAGGCUCAUACUCAUACGUUGCAGUGGGAUCAAGCGGGGAAGAUUUGGACGCCAUGGCAGAGCCAUUGCCAAGAACAGAGGAAUCCCCAAAAGCUCCAUUACUUCAGAUUCUGUUUGCAGGUGAAGCAACGCACAGAACCCAUUAUUCCACCACACAUGGAGCCUAUUUCAGUGGCCUUAGAGAGGCCAAUAGGUUGCUUCAUCAUUACAAUUGCAUUUGAAUUUACUUUUCUUUUUUUUUCUUUUUUUCUUUUUUAAGAAGGAGAAAAAAAAAAAAACGAGGGUUUCAGAUGUCUUUUCACUUUUAUUUUAUUUUAUUGGGUAUUUACAAAUUAUCUAUCUUCAUGUGUCACGUCAUCUUUCACCUCUUCCAAAAUUCAUAUAAUUAUAUAUUUUUAUUCUUA